AUGGGAAAUGCCCCGAGUGCCCUGAUUGAAACAUGGGCCGAAUUCUCUGUCGGCUCCUGCAUCAUUCUCCUGCGUGUGUUCACCAGAUUGAAACUGGCCGGCUUCCGUGGUUUGCAAGCAGAUGACUACUUAAUCAUUCCUGCCUGGUUCUCCUACGCAGCAAUGACAGCAAUGGCCCAUAUUGUAGGGUAUGCUGGAGACACAGGCAAUAUACCUGCUGCUCAGCGGGCUUCGAUGUCAGAUGAGGAGAGAGCGCUUCGAUCACUUGGCUCAAAAUGCUUCAUGGUCGGUUGGUAUACGUACAUUGGCCUAAUCUGGACUUUGAAAAUGAACAUGCUCUUCUUUUACAAACGGGUGGUCAAUGGUCUGUGGGUUGAAAAGUAUAUCUUACCUGCCCAGCUCCUCGUGGGAGCCACAGGCGUAUCAAUAAUGUUCUUACUUGGACUCACAUGUCGACCUUUCCACAAACUGUUUCAAAUUUACCCAGACCCAGGUCCGCUCUGCACACCUCAAAGCCUGGCAUUUUUGAUACCUAUUCUUCUAAUGAACAUAUCUACGGACUUGAUGAUCAUGGCCAUCCCCUUACCGGUUCUCGCUAAAAUGCGUGUUUCAACCGGUCGAAGACUCGGCAUUUUCAUUCUCUUCGGGGCCGUUAUCUUUAUCAUGAUUGCUGCCUGCCUUCGUGUCUACUUCGUGAUAGCACUGAAAACCGGACCAACCGCUGCCAUUUGGUCUUGCAGAGAAGAUCUGGUAGCAGUAUUUGUCGGAAAUGCACCGUUAAUUCGACCUCUUUUUAGCAGAAAGUUGUGGCUUGGGGGCUACAAGAAUAGCAGAACACCUGCUGGGGAGUCUGUUGAACUCUCCGGAAAAUUUGGCUCUGAUCGAGGCAACAACAAACGGAGUAGUCGGUUGUUUUAUUCGAGGGAUACGAAAGCGACCAACGUGGAGUCAGACAGCAUGGAAAGAAUCAUGGAAAACGGCAGGGACGGCGAGUUACCUCCCAUGGUAAUUCAGGUGCGGAAGGACGUGCACGUUGAAGGUGUCGAAGACAGUUCUGGUGGAGGGAAGACGGCAUGGCAGCAAGCAUAUCGCAAUACAUUCAGGAAUCCUUAG